AGUAAAACACGUCGACAUAAGGAUCUGUUUAGACUUAGUCCUCAGAGGGUCUGUGUAAGAUGGCGGAGGCAGAGGUCACACACUUCCUGACCUGUUCCAUUUGUCUGGACACCUUCACUGAGCCUGUGUCUCUGGGCUGUCACCACAGCUUCUGCAGGACCUGCCUCCAGAAGACCUGGGCCCAGGAGAAAGAGAAGAAAUGCCCUGUGUGCAGGAGGAAGUCUUCUAAAAGUGAUCCAGGAGUGAACUUUGCUUUAAAAGAACUGAGCAACUCACUGAGACAGAAGCAGGAGUCACAGGAGGAGCCCAAAGCACAGACACAGAAGCUGAGAGAGCAGCAGGAGCAGCAGGAGCAGCAGUGGUCAGUGUGCCCUCUGCACCCGCUCGUGCCCUCUCUCUUCUGCCUGGACGAGGACAGGGGCGUCUGUGCAGUCUGUGAGUUUUCUGAACACAAGGAGCACAGAGUGGUGAAAGGAGAGGAGGCAGAGAAGAGGCUGAAGGAGCAGAUCCAAUCAAAGAUACAGACUCUGAAAGACCAGAAGAAGAGCUGCAGACAACUGGAGAAGACCUGUGAGGAGAUACAGCAACACUCAGAGGAGCAGGCGCUGCACUGUGAGUGUCAGAUCACAGCUGUGUUUGAGAGGAUGCGGCGCCACCUACAGGAGGAGCAGGACAGAGCUGUGUCUGCUCUGAGAGAGGAGCAGAGGAGACAGGCCCAGACUAUAAACCCACAGCUCCACAAACUCAGAGAGACACUGUCCUCUUUGAACAGCAACAUCCAGGAGCUGGAGAAACAACUAAAGACCCACACCCACAGGCCUCUGAGCUCCAGCCCCGAGCCUCUGCCUCAGCUCCCCAAAGGACUGCUCCUGAACCAGGCCAAAGUCCUGGGGAACCUGGGCUACAGAGUCUGGACCAGCCUGAGGAGAGUGGUGCAGUUCAGUCCAGUCAUUCUGGACCCAAACACAGCAGGGAUAUGGCUCUAUCUGUCUGAGGACCUCAGUGGGGCGACAUGUGGAGACACUUAUCAGCAGCUCCCAGACAAUCCAGAGAGAUUCACAAAGUAUGCAAGUGUCCUGGGCUCAGAGGGCUUCAGCUCAGGGACACACCAGUGGGACGUGGAGGUGGGGGACCAUCCAGACUGGAACAUCGGAGUCGCCAAAGAGUCGAUCGACAGGAAAGGAGAGAUAUUUGUUUCACCUGAAUAUGGAAUCUGGUGUUUAUUAAACAGAGAUGGUAAAUACACAAACAGCUGUGGUAAACCUGUGAAAGUGCAGAAGCCUCCAGAGAAGAUCAGGGUCAAACUGGACUGUGACGCAGGGAGAGUGUCCUUCUACGACACUGAUCACAUGACCCGCCUGUACACGUACACAGGGAGCUUCACCGAGAAAAUGUUUCCUUAUUUUAGCAUUGGAAAAAGUAAAGAGUCUAAAACCAAAGAGGUCCGUGUGUGUCCGACCUCAGGCCCACAGUGAGGACCACAGGAGCUUUGGAGCAGGGCACUAGGACCCAGAGGAGCAGGACCUCACCCACGACUCAGGGAUAGGUCUGCUUCAGUCGUCUGUGGAGGCUCCAGAAUACAGCUUUAUUUGAUUAAACACAUGUUUUUUCAUAUUGUGGCUGGGAUAUCGGCUUCCAAAUAUCGGUCGAGUCGAUAUCCUGGUUGGACAUUUAAACUGAUGUAAUAAGACGAUUUACAGGUCGUAGAAAGUCUCAUCAUGUCUGAACUUUUAUUUACACAGAGUUUUUCAUUUAAAUGUAAGUAACAGUUUCUUAAUCUGUUUUAGUUUAGUUUUAUUUUCCUUUUGUUUAAAUUUAAUGAAAUGUGUUUAGUGUCAUUGAUGAUGAUGAUGAUGAUGAUGAUGAUGAUGAUGAUGAUGAUGAUGAUGAUGAUGAUGAUGAUGAUGAUGAUGAUGAUGAUGAUUUGUGUUGUGAAUGCAUUUGACCAGAAGAGGGCGCCUGCGUUUGACCCGGUGUAGUCACAUGUGAGGAGAGUUUUCACAUUAUGUUAAAGUGUUUGGAAUAAUCACUAUUUGAGCAGAUCAUGGUGAUAAAAGAGGAGCUAAAUGUGUAGAAAUGUAUUUUGUAUUUUAUCUUUGACUUUAAUA